AUGUCCAUAGUCACGGACUCAGUGAUGGAGAGGGAUCAGGCGUGUCGGAAGAAGCUUCAGUCCUCUAAUGCCCUUUUAAGGUGUUGUAUACACUACUCCUCCGGUAUGGUGUUCAAAGGUGGUCCUGUGUCUCGGCCCAUUCGAACCCAUCAGCAUCAGCAGCGCUCCUUUCCACUGCGCUGGCUGUCGGUGUUGAUCCUGACUCUCCUCAUCCUGUCCACUAGCGCCACCUGUGCGCAGUGCACCACGGUUGAGCAAGACCUGCACAUCGUUCACAACGUCGACAACAGAAGCCCUGAGAUUGACCCGUUCUGGUAUGUGGGUCGCGGCGUGAGACCCAUCGGUCGCUUCGGGAAGCGUGAAAGUGACGCACCGUUUCAGCAAGCGCUCCUUUUACUGCUGCUCAGCGCGCUCAGAAACACGCAGAACGAGCGCAUCGGAGCCUCCUCACCAAACACGGACUAUUACUCAGAAGUGCACAAAUCCUUUAUUUGA